AGUACAAACUUGUGAGGAUUAACUCACUCUAAAACCCUUUAAACCUCUGCACUGUAGUGAAUUGUUGAACACAAAGAAGAUGCAGCGCGUCGUAAGAAAACUAACCAGCAUAAUUUCACACAGACAAUUUCGCUCGCAGGUUGUAGGUUUUCGUGCCUAUUGCACUGGCGGGGUUGUUUUUGAUGUUGGACAGCCAACCUCCGCAUCACAUCCCCAGCUACUAAAAGAUGGGGAGCUCACACCGGGCAUAUCUACUGAGGAAUACAUCCUAAGAAGAAAAAAGUUGUUGGAACUUCUCCCAGAGAAGAGUUUGGCAAUCAUCGCUGCUGCCCCAGUAAAGAUGAUGACAGAUGUUGUGCCUUAUACAUUUCGACAAGAUGCUGAUUACUUGUAUAUCACAGGCUGCCAACAGCCUGGUGGUGUGGCCAUUUUGGGACACGACUGUGGUUUAUGCAUGUUCAUGCCAGAAGCUAAGCCUUAUGAUGUUAUUUGGCAAGGGCAGAUAGCAGGAGUUGAUGCAGCAGUAGAUACAUUCAAGGCUGAUAAGGCAUAUCCAAUGAGAAAAUUGCAUGAGAUCCUUCCCGAUAUGAUAAAGGGAUCAUCAAAAGUGUUCCACAAUGUCCAGACUGCAACUCCAUCAUAUAUGGAAAUGGAAGCAUUCAAAAAACUAGCUUACUGUAACAAUGUAAUGGAUCUAGCUGUUUACACCCAUCAACUGCGAUGGAUAAAGUCACCAGCAGAGCUUAAGCUGAUGAAGGAAUCUGCAUCCAUCGCUUGUCAGGCUCUUUUGUUGACAAUGCUACAUUCAAAGACAUACCCUUUUGAAGGUACACUUGCAGCAAAGGUUGAAUAUGAAUGCAAAAUUAGAGGUGCCCAGCGGAUGGGAUUCAAUCCUGUGGUUGGUGGUGGACCUAAUGGAAGCAUUAUACAUUAUUCUAGGAAUGAUCAGAGAAUUAAACAAGGGGAUCUUGUUUUGAUGGAUAUUGGAUGUGAGUUACAUGGCUAUGCCAGUGAUCUUACCAGGACAUGGCCACCUUGUGGUAGCUUUUCUUCUGCCCAGGUUAGCAUGAUUGAUGUCCGUUUAGCAAUUCAAUCUACUAAUUGCAGGAGAGCUUAAUAAGGAAGAGUUUAUUUUCAUUUCAGCACAUACAAUAAGCUUAUGUCUAUAUCACUUUCUUAUUUUUUCUCACAUUUGAUAUCCAAUUAAUCGAUCAAUUAAUAGCAAUCUAGGACAAACAGACUUCAAGUUCUCAACUUCCUGUUGCAUACUUUAUUGCAUGAUGGCUGUAUACUUAUAGGUAUUCUUGUUUGUAGACAUAUAACUCUUCUCAUACAUAAUGCACUUGUUUUUUAUCAAGUUUCUAUGAUGUUAAAAUAACUUCCCUUUUGUUUCUUGUAAUGAGCUUUUUUGGCCAUCAUCUUGUGCUUGCUAAGUUUUCUACUCAAGGCCGAGAUUCUGCAACAUUAACUUCACGACAUGAAAUAUUAUGGCUUUUUUACUUCAAGAAAAUGUUAUUUAAAUCAUUAAAAUUGUUACUUUGUUUUGAACUUCAUGUUUGUUUUCUGUAGUCAAAGAUUUGUAAAGGAAAUAAUGAAAAUAAUUUUGUUUGUUGUGAAAGAUCUGUAAAGGAAACAUUCUUUUUCACUGUUUCCUAUACAAACCCUUAAAAUGGAAAAUAUAACGAAAAUAAUAUCAUACGUAAUUAAAAGUUAAAACAGAAAACAUUUUCUCAAACCAACACAACUUAUUUUUCUUGCAAUUUUUUGGAGGGAAGGGAGUUAUUUAUGAGAUUGCCUUCUCAACAAAUAAUGGUAAGUGUUGGUGGUUAUGAUAUUUGAAUUUGCUUAAGCCUAUAGUUAUACUCUAUACUUCCAGAUUAAGGGAAGAAGCGUUGCAGAUUAUAGUUACGCAAAUGGCCUCAUGGUGAAGGGUAAAUACUUUAAAAGUACAAAAAGUUUACCGCUAGUUGUUGGUGCUCCAUGACAUGAAACAGAAGAUGAGAUAUUGAUCAGUUAUUAUAGCCAAAAUAGACAUUUUUGUACAUAGAAAUAUAGUUAAUUGGGGAGAGGUACUUUGAAUAAUUUAUGCAUAUCUGGUCAUUCAAUUAGGGAUAGAUUUGCCCUCUCCUCUUGCUUUUCUUCAAGGGAUCUAAUGGGCCUAAACCGUUGGGGACAUAAUUAUGUAAUACAAGUCGGAUCUUUCUUUGCUUUUGGUAUACUAUGACAUAAAAAUGUUUGAAGCUUAGUUUUUUGUUGGAAAUAACGGUUUAUUAUGAUAAAAUAUGUUUAGGAUUUCAAUAUUGUUUCGAAUAAAAU